AUGUUCUUGUAUAAUUAUGUCUUCUUAAUGGUGACUGUUCUUAUAAUACGUCUUCUCAUAAUUAAUGUUCGUAUAUUAUGUCUUCUUAUAAUGACUGUUCUUAUAAUACGUCUUCUUAUAAUUAAUGUUCGUAUAUUAUGUCUUCUUAUAAUGACUGUUCUUAUAAUACGUCUUCUCAUAAUUAAUGUUCGUAUAUUAUGUCUUCUUAUAAUGACUGUUCUUAUAAUACGUCUUCUCAUAAUUAAUGUUCGUAUAUUAUGUCUUCUUAUAAUGACUGUUCUUAUAAUACGUCUUCUCAUAAUUAAUGUUCGUAUAUUAUGUCUUCUUAUAAUGACUGUUCUUAUAAUACGUCUUCUUAUAAUUAAUGUUCGUAUAUUAUGUCUUCUUAUAAUGACUGUUCUUAUAAUACGUCUUCUCAUAAUUAAUGUUCGUAUAUUAUGUCUUCUUAUAAUGACUGUUCUUAUAAUACGUCUUCUCAUAAUUAAUGUUCGUAUAUUAUGUCUUCUUAUAAUGACUGUUCUUAUAAUACGUCUUCUUAUAAUUAAUGUUCGUAUAUUAUGUCUUCUUAUAAUGACUGUUCUUAUAAUACGUCUUCUCAUAAUUAAUGUUCGUAUAUUAUGUCUUCUUAUAAUGACUGUUCUUAUAAUACGUCUUCUUAAUGUAAUGUUCUCUUAUGUCUUCUUAAUGACUGUUCUUAUAAUACGUCUUCUCUUAAUUAAUGUUCGUAUAUUAUGUCUUCUUAUAAUGACUGUUCUUAUAAUACGUCUUCUCAUAAUUAAUGUUCGUAUAUUAUGUCUUCUUAUAAUGACUGUUCUUAUAAUACGUCUUCUCAUAAUUAAUGUUCGUAUAUUAUGUCUUCUUAUAAUGACUGUUCUUAUAAUACGUCUUCUCAUAAUUAAUGUUCGUAUAUUAUGUCUUCUUAUAAUGACUGUUCUUAUAAUACGUCUUCUCAUAAUUAAUGUUCGUAUAUUAUGUCUUCUUAUAAUGACUGUUCUUAUAAUACGUCUUCUCAUAAUUAAUGUUCGUAUAUUAUGUCUUCUUUUAUAA